AUGCGUCCCGCAGGCUUGGGGAGCAUCUUGCUGCUGGUGUCCGCCCUUCUUCUGCCCGGGGGGCUGUCAGCUGUUCCGCAAAGCUUUUCGCCGACUCUGAGGAGCGGCCCGGGCGCCGCCGCGUGCAGGCUGUCCCGGGCCGAGUCGGAGCGCCGGUGCCGCGCGCCCGGGCAGCCCCCAGGGGGCGCUCUGUGCCACGGCCGCGGCCGCUGCGACUGCGGGGUGUGCAUCUGUCACGUGAGCGAGCCCGGCGUGUACUUCGGGCCCCUCUGCGAGUGCCACGAGUGGGUGUGCGAGACCUACGACGGCAGCACCUGUGCAGGCCACGGUAAGUGUGACUGUGGCAGAUGCAAAUGUGAUGAAGGAUGGUUUGGUGACGCUUGCCAGUACCCAACCAACUGUGACCUGACCAAGAAAAAGAGUAACCAAAUGUGCAAGAAUUCUCAAGACAUCAUCUGCUCUAAUGCAGGUACAUGUCACUGUGGCAGGUGUAAAUGUGAUAAUUCAGAUGGAAAUGGACUUGUUUAUGGUAAAUUUUGUGAGUGUGAUGACAGAGAAUGCAUAGAUGAUGAAACAGAAGAAAUAUGUGGAGGCCACGGAAAGUGUUACUGUGGAAACUGUUACUGCCAGGCUGGUUGGCAUGGAGAUAAAUGCGAAUUCCAGUGUGACAUCACCCCCUGGGAGAGCAAGCGAAGAUGCACAUCUCCAGAUGGCAAAGUCUGCAGUAACAGAGGGAUUUGUGUGUGUGGUGAAUGUUCCUGCCACGAUGUGGACCCCACUGGAGACUGGGGGGAUAUUCAUGGGGACACCUGUGAGUGUGACGAGAGGGACUGCCGAGCUGUCUAUGACAGAUAUUCUGAUGACUUCUGUUCUGGUCACGGGCAGUGUAACUGUGGAAGAUGUGACUGCAAAGUAGGCUGGUUUGGGAAGAAGUGUGAACACCCACGUUCCUGCCCACUGUCAGCGGAGGAGAGCAUCAGAAAGUGCCAAGGAAGUGCCACUCUGCCCUGCUCGGGAAGGGGUAAGUGUGAAUGUGGCAAGUGCACUUGCUACCCGCCGGGAGACAGCAGGGUGUACGGCAAGGCCUGUGAAUGUGACGAUCGUCGCUGUGAAGAUUUGGACGGCGUGGUCUGUGGAGGCCACGGCACGUGCUCCUGCGGUCGCUGUGUUUGUGAGAAGGGAUGGUUCGGGACGCUCUGCCAGCAUCCGCGGAAGUGUAACCUGACGGAGGAGCAGAGCAAUAGUCUGUGUGAAUCGGCAGAUGGCAUGUUGUGCUCGGGGAAGGGCUCCUGCCACUGUGGAAAGUGUCUUUGUUCUGCUGAAGAAUGGUACAUUUCGGGAGAAUUCUGCGACUGUGAUGACAGGGACUGCGACAAACACGAUGGGCUCAUUUGCACAGGGAAUGGAAUCUGUAGCUGUGGAAACUGUGAAUGCUGGGACGGAUGGAACGGAAAUGCCUGUGAAAUCUGGCUCGGCACGGAAUACCCUUAACGAUUACAUGGCAGGGAACCGGGUUCUUCUUUCUUCUCGGCCCUCAGAACGUAUAAAUGCAGAGGAAACCAUGUAUAAUCACCACUACGACAGGUCAAACAGACUAUUGUAUGUUUUUCUCUUUCUGAAUGCCUGAAUGAAAUCUGGGUACCCAUUAAAAAUGAGCUAAGCAAGUUCUGAUGUAAAUAGCAUCAGAAAAAACU